GCGUGCUCAACUUAGGUGGCGGACGAGAAAGACCGAUGCUGUUUACACAAAGGGAAGGAUUAUUACAGCGAGAAAUUGAAAUGCAGUUUUAAAAAUGGGUACUUAUAUUUAGUGCAACAAAACCGCUCUGCAUUUCGUUAGCCUUAUAAUGUGGUAAUAUAAAAGUUAACAGAAAAAAGACGCGAUAGAAACUGUAGGUAGAUUUUGCAUCUCAAAACCUGCAGAAAUUUACGUUAUAUUUAUUUGUAUUCUUCUCUGCAAUACAUUUUACCUAUGGAAGAAUCUUGUCCAGGACCAGCCAGGGCCAUCCAGCCGAUUGACAGGCAGUCAGUGCAUCAGAUCUGCUCAGGCCAAGUUGUUUUGAACUUGGGCACUGCUGUGAAGGAACUUGUGGAGAACAGCAUAGAUGCUGGAGCCACAAAUAUUGAUAUCAAGUUAAAGGACUAUGGAGCUGAACUUGUUGAAGUUGCGGACAAUGGUGGUGGAGUGGAAGAAGCAAACUUUGAAGGGUUGACUCUGAAGCAUUACACAUCCAAGCUUCAGGAAUUCUCUGAUCUUGUUCACGUGGCAACUUUUGGAUUCAGAGGGGAAGCACUGAGCUCGCUCUGUGCAUUAAGUGAAGUUUCUGUUGUGACGUGUCAUAAGUCUUCUAAGGUGGGAACGCGCUUGGUGUUCGACCACAAUGGGAAGAUCACUCAGAAGACACCACACCCCCGGCAGCAAGGUACCACGGUCUCCAUCCAGCAGCUCUUCCACACUCUUCCUGUGCGCCACAAGGAGUUCCAGCGCAAUAUUAAGAAGGAGUAUGCAAAGAUGGUGCAGGUGCUGCAGGGCUACUGCAUCAUCUCCACAGGUGUGCGAAUCAGCUGCACCAACCAGGUGGGGCAGAGCAAGAGAAACCCAGUGAUCUCUACCAACGGGAACUCGGGCAUGAAGGAUAACGUUGGUGCAGUGUUCGGAACAAAACAGCUCCAGAGCCUUAUCCCAUUCCAGCAGCUCCCUUCCAGUGAUCAUAUUUGCGAGGAGUAUGGGCUCAAAAAGACUGAGCUUCCAGAAACCCUUUAUACUAUUACAGGCUUUGUUUCUCGAGGAGACCAUGGUGUGGGAAGGAGUUCCACAGACAGACAGUUCUUCUUCAUUAACCAGCGGCCAUGUGACCCGCCAAAGGUUUCCAAACUUGUGAAUGAAGUUUAUCACAUGUACAACAGACACCAGUAUCCUUUCGUCGCCCUAAACAUUUGUGUUGCUACAGACUGCGUUGAUGUGAACGUAACGCCAGACAAGAGGCAGAUUCUUCUGCAGGAAGAGAAACUUUUGCUGGCGAUUCUGAAGACAUCCCUGAUUGCAAUGUACGAGACAGGCGUCAACAAAAUUGGUCUCAACCAAAAGGUGUUUGAAAUGCCAGGUUUCUGCAAAAUAAUCUCCAGUCCACUCACAAAUGAAAGGGAGGCAUUAGAAGAAAGUGCCCCAGAACCCUCUGUUACUGAAAUAAGGACGGCUCCAGAAUCAAGAGCAGAAAAGGAGAGGUCGAUGAGCAUUGCCAGGCUGAGGGCAGCAUUUUCUCUGCACCAGACAACUACAUCUAAUACUAGCAGCAGCAGCAGCCUGACUCAGAAAUCUCCAGGACAGAAGAAGCUGCACUGCUUUUUCAAUAACUCCAGCACCAUAAACGCUGCCAGAGUUUUACCACGGGCCCCAGUGCCAGAUUCCAGAGACUGCCCUGGGACUCCGGAUUCACCUACAAAAGGCUUUCAGUGUGUGGUUCGGUCGAAGGAGGGGGAGGAGGAAGAGCAGAAGAAGUCUGACAGCGAUGCUGACUCUGGGAAAGGCAGCAUCCCCUCUGGCCUGGACUCUACUUUCAGCACUCCGGAUAUUGCAAGUGACAUAGGCUUGGAGAGCUCCCCAGAUGAAGCGGAGCUCGUGUCUGGAGUGGACAGUUCACAUCUAGGUAUUAAAACAGAGACUAAGGAAGGUGACCUACCUGAAAUGGACUCAGAUAUACCUAGUUGUAGCAGAGCUAAGUUAACUCAGGACUGUCACAGUCCAGAGGCGAAGCGAUCCAAGAUUGAGAGUAAUUGCUCUGGGGUCACGGAGAUAAAGGACUCUGUUGACACUGUGGGUUCCUCGGCUUUAGUGAAGUUUGAUGUUCCAGUAGAUGUUGUGAAGAAGGUUGUCCCACUGCCGUUCUCCUUUGCCCAGCUGGCUGGGAGGGUGAGAAUGCUCCGGCAGCAGCAGGAGAAGACUGAAGAAAGCCAAAGGUUUAGACGCUUCAGAGCAAGGAUCAGUCCUGGGGAGAAUCAAAGCGCAGAGGAGGAAUUAAAAAAAGAGAUCAGCAAGGAUAUGUUUGAGAAAAUGGAGAUCAUAGGUCAGUUUAACCUGGGCUUCAUCAUCACCAAACUGAACUCUGAUAUCUUCAUGAUUGAUCAACAUGCCACAGAUGAAAAAUACAACUUUGAGAUGCUGCAGCAGCACACUGUGCUCCAGGGGCAAAGACUUAUAGUCCCUCAGAAACUUCAUUUAACAGCGGUCAACGAGACGGUGCUGAUAGAUAACCUGGAAAUCUUCAGAAAGAAUGGAUUUGAUUUCAUCACUGAUGAAGAUGCGCCUGCCACAAAGAGAGUGCAGCUGGUCUCGCUGCCGACCAGCAAGAACUGGACAUUCGGCCCCCAGGACAUCGAGGAGCUCAUCUUCAUGCUGAGUGACUGUCCCGGGGUCAUGUGCCGGCCGUCCCGCAUGCGCCAGAUGUUCGCCUCCAGGGCUUGUCGCAAGUCGGUAUGUGCCAGUACAACACAGAACAAGCUAAGUGUUAUGAUUGGAACUGCGCUGAAUGCGAGUGAGAUGAGGAAGCUGGUAACACACAUGGGGGAGAUUGAACAUCCCUGGAACUGCCCUCAUGGGAGACCAACCAUGAGGCAUCUAGCAAACCUGGAUAUGAUCUCUCAGGACUGAACAACAGCCUGCCAAAGGUCUCUGAGGACUGACCAACUGUACAGAGAUACUGUUUUAAAUGAUUUGCCUUUAAAGCUUGUAUAUACUUUGUUCAGAUGUCUUUAUUAAAUUUUUGUGUAUGUUUAUCCAUUAUGACUA